AGAGACACUGCUAUCUCUUUCCCAGGAUUUUUCGUGGAGACGAGACAAGCAGAAUAUCAUGGCGUCUGCAAACCGAUUGAGUUAUGAAAAUGCAACCAAAGUAUUGCAGUAUUUGCGAAAUUUUUUAGCCGGUAAAAAGUUGCAAAUUGCAUCAAGACAUGCAUUAAGUCAAAGCUCAAGGUCAAUACCUGAGCCAAAUCUUCCAUCUGGGCAAGCCCAUAAACUUGGUAACAAUUACUAUUACACUAGAGAUUCAAGAAGGGUUGUUGGACCACCUGUUAAAAUACAAUCAUCAGAGCUGAUAGGUCCUGGUGGAAAAAGUGAAGUCGUUGGUAAUGUAACACCUGGAGAUGUAUAUCACCCAAGACCUUGAACUUUGUUACUGUCUGCAUCAUAAAAUUUGUGUCAUAAUUUAAUUGC